AUGAUGGCUUCGACAUAAUCAUAAUUUAAUUUCAUUCGGAAAUAGAUUCCAAAAGCUCCUAAUUCUCGAUAAUUCAGUAGAGAAAAGAGUUAACCAAUGUUGAAUCCUAUUACACCAACUGUAUGAAUGAUGUUUAUACAUAAAAGGCGAAGUUUCGCAUUCAUCAUAAUAAUCAAUUUUUAAGUAGAGAGAAAAUGCAAAAAACUAGUAAUAACUUUUUUAAUAACACGGCUGAAAGUACAAAAAUAACAAAAGCUUAGAAUUAAUCACUUCUCCGAAAACCAGAAGCUGAUUAUAAAUAAUUGAUAUUUGAUAAAGAGGAUUUAGAAGAAGAACAAUAAUUCUAGGUACUUUGCUAAACUUUGGAUAAAAUUUUGUGA